CAAAGUUCACUAUAUAGAGAGCUCAGUGAGCUGAUCAGAGAGAAAGCAUUCUGCCAGCCCGGCUCCUACCAAUCGCAAAUCACUUCCUAACCUCCGCCUUUUUAACAUAUUUGAUCACUUUGAUUCAGAGCUCCUUUUUCCGAUUAUUUUUCGGUCCACGGAGGAGGUUUUUCUAGGUUGUGAUCUCUGUUUUUUGUUUUUUUUUGUUUUUAGUGCUUUCGCUUUUUUUUUUUCUUCUUCUUUGCGUUGGGGAGAGUUGUCUUCAUAUUCCAGCCUCUCAAAAACAUUGGCUUGAGCCGCGCGGUUUGCUUGGCGCUGCACCUCAGAGGAAAGAAAAGGAAGAAGACGCGAUUUUUUUUACCCAGUUGGUGAUUUUCUUCCAAGACUUGUGCUGGAACUUGAUAGUGGCUGCUACAGGGUGCUUCACCGACUGUUUCAUGCUGCUGCAGGCGCGCUCUCUCCAACCUGCUCCAUCCUCCUCUGAGUAAUCCAUGCUACCUCGGUUGGGUAUUUGAAUAUUUAGCCUGUCUUCUCCCAUUGAUGGCUGUGCUGGAUGGCUGACUGUAAGCGCCCCUGGACUUGGCCUUUAAGCGCAAGGCAGCGAAUCAGCUCGCCAUCGCAUCAGUUUUGAAAACGUGCUUCGCAGCGUCUCCAACAGCAAUAAAUCGACAGUUUUUUUUUUCCGGGAGUGGAUUCAACGUAGGCUAGAUUUUGACAUUUUGUGUGUCACAGUUUUUUUGCCUCGUUUCCCAGAGACAUUCUCCACCCGCGACAGCAAAAACGGCAGACAAAAAGUUUCUUUACGUUGACUGAUAGAUAUGGCAAUGGUAGUGUGGAGAGGCUCCCAGGACGAUGUGGCUGACACCCAAGGCACCCUUUCCUCGCAGACCCAAGGAGGACUAUCUCUUCCCACCCCUCAGCCAGGCCAGUUGAGUCUGACAGCCUCUCAGGUCGCCCCUCCGACCCCUCAGACGCCGGUCCAAGGACCCCCGAACAACACGCAGUCCACGCCGUCGAACCAGACGUCGCAGCAGUCGGAGAAGCAGCCGCAGCACAUUGAGUGUGUGGUGUGUGGGGAUAAAUCCAGUGGCAAACACUAUGGCCAGUUUACUUGCGAGGGCUGCAAAAGCUUCUUCAAACGGAGCGUACGACGGAACCUCACUUACACAUGUCGUGCCAACAGGAAUUGUCCAAUCGACCAACACCACCGCAAUCAGUGUCAGUACUGCCGCCUCAAAAAAUGCCUUAAAGUCGGCAUGAGACGGGAAGUUUCUCUUUUUACUGCAGCCGUGCAAAGGGGACGGGUGCCACCCACACAGCCACAUCAUGGUCAGUUCGCCUUGACAAAUGGAGACCCACUGCACUGCCAUUCCUACUUAUCCGGAUAUAUCUCUCUUCUGUUGAGAGCGGAGCCCUAUCCGACGUCCCGGUAUGGCAGCCAAUGCAUGCAGCCCAACAACAUCAUGGGCAUCGAGAACAUUUGUGAACUAGCAGCCAGGAUGCUGUUCAGCGCCGUGGAGUGGGCCAGGAAUAUUCCCUUCUUUCCAGACCUGCAGAUCACAGACCAGGUGGCUCUGCUGAGGUUGACGUGGAGUGAGUUAUUUGUGCUGAACGCGGCGCAGUGCUCCAUGCCCCUGCAUGUGGCUCCUCUCCUGGCGGCGGCUGGCCUGCACGCCUCCCCCAUGUCCGCGGACAGAGUGGUGGCCUUUAUGGACCACAUUAGGAUCUUCCAGGAACAAGUGGAGAAGCUCAAGGCUUUGCACGUUGACUCUGCUGAAUAUAGCUGCUUAAAGGCAAUUGUGCUCUUCACCACAGAUGCUUGCGGCCUCUCAGAUGUGGCCCAUGUGGAAAGUUUGCAGGAGAAGUCCCAGUGCGCCCUGGAGGAAUACGUCCGGAGCCAGUACCCCAACCAGCCCACACGCUUUGGGAAGUUGUUACUCCGCUUGCCUUCCCUCCGCACAGUCUCUUCCUCGGUCAUAGAACAGUUAUUUUUCGUCCGAUUGGUAGGUAAAACCCCCAUUGAAACUCUCAUCAGGGAUAUGUUGCUGUCGGGGAGCAGUUUUAACUGGCCUUACAUGUCAAUUCAGUAAACCAAGAAGGAGACGAACAAACAAAAGGUGGGGCUGGGGAGGGGAAGGGGAGGAGGGUCGCGGGGCUGCAAGACUACAAUGAUUAUAGCUGCUUUUGUGGAAGGAAUAAAAAAAAGCAACCGGCUGUUACACGGGGCUGGCUUUCAUGAAGAAAGACUUUGACGUAAAUGACUGUGAAUCCCCCCCCCCCCCCCAAUGCUCCCCCCAAAAAAAUUGAGACAUCCACUGAACUUUCAAAAUGGCAGAAACAAGCUCCCAGAACAACCUGCUUCGAUUCAUUUUUUCUAAUGAAAGAAGAAAUGAGGGGGGUGGAGGGGAUUUUUGUUGAUCUUCGUGAGGAAAAUUUAAGUAUUAAGUGCAUUUAAAAAUGAUAAUUUGGUUUCAAAAAAGGAAAAAAACUGGAGAAAGGGAAAAUACGAAAACGUGAAUUUUUCUUUUCUCUAAAUGACUUGUCCUGUGUCCAUGUAUAGCUGUGUUUUGUACUUUCUUUGUUCCUCCUUUCUGGUUCCAAACCGGCCUAUGUGAUUUCUGUAGUACAGGUGGUGUUAUUUUCUAAGACAAUGAUUUUAUUUUGAAAAGGUGAAAUGAUGUUGAAAAAAACGUUCUAAAAAGAAUUAAAACCACAGCAAUAGGAGUAUAGGCUUAUAAACUAGGCUUAAUGCUGCAAGCGCACUUAUAUUGUUAGGAUGACCAACACCAUGAGGGAGUUUGUGGAGUUCAUGUUCAACUUUAUGACCCAGUGAAAAAUACUUUUUUUUUUUCUUUUUUUUUAGAAAAUAUAUUUUCCAAAUUGUUUGCUGGAGGGUCUUUCCCAGUUCAUCUAGUUUGACUAUAUAUAAACAGUUCCCCAAUUUGAUAUAAUACAAAUAAAAAUCCAACAAGUAGCCUGCUGUUGCUCUUUAAGCGUGACACGUGCACAUAAGAGCGUGCGCAGUGAUUCAAGCUGCACUGAAAUCAUACCUGACUUCUCUCUAAAAAAAAAAAAAAAAUUAAAAAAAUUAAAAAACUUUUGAGGUCAAGGGUCAUAAAAGUUUGAAGCCUAGCCGGAGUAGUGUUUAAUAGCAGUAUUAUUAAAGCGUCCCUGAAAUGUCACCCUUUAUUCACUUCAAGCAUUAAGUGCCUGAUAAGCAUGAUGUGAUUUCUUAUCCAAACGUUGUUAAAGUAGGCCUGCACGACAUUUUUUUUGGGGGGAACAACACAAUUAGAUCUGAAACUUCAGUCGUGUUAUUUCACGUGACAAACGCUGAUUAGAGGCAGUAUUCUUGUAAAUAUAGGUCAAUUCAUUUUCAACGACUUUUUUCCUUUAUACAAAGUAUAUGUGAUUAAGAAAAAUCUGUGGUUGCCAUUUUUUUUUCUCUCUCGGUAAUACAACGUCUUCAAAAUUGAGUGGCAGACUUAGCUAGUAGCACUGAAAGUUCUGUUUUUAAUGUAUAUACAUAUUACUACAAAUGUUUUCUUUUUCAUGUAUAUUUAGACUGUGAAUGCAUGGCCACAGGUCGCUAACCUAUUUUACCUUUGAUAUAUAAAUGUAAAUGUUUUCUCUCUCUCUUUUUUGACUGUAUAGAUAUAAUCUGUGCAUUCAGUACACUAGCCCUUGUAUUUAAGGAAACAAAAAAAAAAGAAAAGAAACGAGCGUUCAUUAUUAGGCUACAGACUUAAACAGGGUGAGCAGGUUUGGAAAAAAAGGAGUUAAUAUUUGAACUUUAGUGUUAUUGCUCCUUUUGCUCUUUGACAGGUGCCGUUGUGGUGUGUGAGAGCGAAUGUGUGUGUGCGUGUAUUUGGAAGCUGUUUUGAGGCUUUUCUUCGCCACACUGAAACAGCACGCUGUGGUUGAAUUAAAAGGGAUCACUGAUUGAACACUGAUCUUUGGCUGUGCGGAGCCACAUGUGGACCAGAGAAUGAUACAUGAUUGUAAUUAUGAACAGUUUAAACUGACCCACGUUUUUAUAUAAAUAUAUAAAAAUAUAUGACUGCAGGGUAUUGAUAACGUAUAGAUACUUUUUUUAUGAUUAUUAUUAUUAUUAAUUGCAAGUGAUAUAUGUGAGUGUGUGUGAAAGUUUAUAGUUGAACACAAUUCUUGUUUGUUUGUGUUAGCUUAUUGUAAACAAGCAUUCUGCUGUAAAUUUGUUCUUGGUAUUAAAUUAUAAUUUAUGAAUUUGAAAACAAA